AUGAACAACGAGGACCGUCUUAGAGUGAGAAGCUGCUACGGUGAUCGACAUGCUGAUGCCAAGGGCUCCGAAGUCCGCAGCAGCCGCAAUUCCAACCACCGUCACCCCCGAGUCCCCACCGACGCCGCCCCGGAGGAGCCUGGGCGUUACCUCCUUACGCCCGACGAAAGGUUGGACCUGUGGCGUCUCCAGCGCAAGACCGACUUCGAGGUCCUGGAGGUCGAGAAUCUCCGCCUGUGUGCGUGGGACGCGCAGCGGGAGGAAGAGUGCCGGCCCUACUUUGAAGAACUCGAGCGCUUGCAGGAAGAAGCGUACGAGGAGGAGUGGCGCCGUCGGAGCGAGGAGGAGCGGGAGGAGGAGUUCGAUAGAGAAGAGGGUAGGGACGUCGAGGAAGAGUACGAGGAGUGGCAUGGGAUUCAAGACGACCGCUCCCGGGACGACGACCUCCACGAGGAAGUCAUCGACGAGGACGACCGCCACCUCGACGGCGCCGCCGCGGAAGAGGAAGACGACGAGGACGACGCCCCCGAUACCUCCCCUACGGGUACCCCUCAGUCUCAGAACCAGCGUCCUACAGGACGACUGCGCGGCACCGGCGUCUGGACCAACUACGAGUGGGUCGACAAGAACAAAGACGACCGCCGGGUCGCGCGGGAGAAGAGCGUGGUCACGAGCGGGGGCACGCGGAGUGGCAAGCGGUACCGCGCCGAAGCCGACGAGGAGACCGAGCGCAUCUCCCUCGCUCAGGACAAGGCUGACGACGACGAGGCCUCGCUCAAGAAACGCCGGAACGAGAAGGGGAAGUGGCCUGCUGGUCGCCCCCGGACGUCGGACUAG